GGCGGCGGCGGCAAGAUGGCGGCGCCCGGGGGCUCGGCGGGCGCCGCGGCGCUGAGGGCGCUGGUCCAGCAGUUCACCGCCAUCACCGGUGCCAGUGAAAGUGUGGGGAAGCACAUGCUUGAAGCAUGCAACAACAACCUGGAGAUGGCUGUCACCAUGUUCCUGGAUGGAGGAGGAAUAGCAGAGGAGCCCAGCACCAGCUCUGCAGCAGUGGCUGCUGUCCGCCCACACCCCGAGGAUGAAGUACGAGCUCCAAUUCCUCAAAAGCAGGAAAUCUUAGUAGAGCCUGAGCCCUUGUUUGGAGCCCCUAAAAGGCGCAGACCAGCUCGCUCAAUAUUCGAUGGCUUUCGGGAUUUUCAGACAGAGACCAUCCGGCAGGAGCAGGAGCUCCGCAAUGGAGGGGCAGUGGACAAGAAGCUGACAACGCUGGCAGAUCUCUUCAGACCUCCCAUUGACCUGAUGCACAAAGGCAGCUUUGAAACGGCCAAGGAGUGUGGUCAGAUGCAGAACAAGUGGCUCAUGAUCAACAUUCAGAACGUGCAAGAUUUCGCCUGCCAGUGCCUCAACCGUGAUGUGUGGAGCAAUGAGGCUGUGAAGAACAUCAUCAGGGACCACUUCAUUUUUUGGCAGGUGUACCACGACAGUGAGGAAGGACAGCGGUACAUACAGUUCUAUAAAUUAGCAGACUUCCCUUAUGUCUCCAUCCUGGAUCCCAGGACAGGCCAGAAGCUUGUGGAGUGGCACCAGUUAGAUGUGACUUCUUUUUUGGACCAAGUGACCGGGUUCCUGAGUGAGCAUGGCCAGCUGGAUGGCCACUCCAGCAGCCCUCCCCAGAAAUGCUCCCGCUCAGAGAGCCUCAUCGAUGCCAGUGAGGACAGCCAGCUGGAAGCUGCCAUCAGAGCCUCGCUCCAGGAGACACAUUUUGAUUCCUCCCAGGCCAAGCAGGAGAGCCGGUCGGACGAGGAGUCGGAGUCAGAGCUUUUUUCUGGAAGUGAAGAGUUUAUUUCUGUUUGUGGAUCUGAGGAGGAGGAGGAGUCGGAGAUCCCAGCCAAGCUGAGGAAGUCUCCACACAAGGACUUGGGGUAUAAAAAAGAGGAGAGCCGGAGGCCUCAGCCUGAGCCCUCUGCAAGGACUGAGCCUGGGACAGCAUCAAACCACAGAGUCCUGCCCUGCAUCGAUGCAGGGGCACUGGAGGAGUCACCUGACAAGCCUGAAAGUGCAUUCCGGGGCCUGGAUGUGAAUGGACCAAAGGCACAGCUGAUGCUGAGGUAUCCAGAUGGAAAGAGGGAACAAGUUUCACUGCCUGAACAAGCUAAACUUCUGGCUCUUGUGAAGCACGUCCAGUCCAAAGGAUACCCCAACGAACGCUUUGAACUGCUCACCAACUUCCCUCGGAGGAAACUCUCCCACCUGGACUAUGAGAUCACGUUACAGGAGGCAGGCCUGUGUCCUCAAGAGACUGUCUUUGUGCAGGAAAGGAAUUAGCACUGUGGCCUGAGCUCUCCCAGCCUUCCUCCCUCUCCUCUUUGCCUGGGACAAGAGUGGUUAAAUAUGCAGUUAAGGGUCAUGGGAUUGCAGUGCUGGAAUCAGGCAGCUGACUGGCCCUUCCUUCUCCCUCCUCCUCUUCUCUCUCCCUCCCUACUCCCACUCUAGUGACCAAAAUGAGAGUGCUCAGUUUUAUUUUCUUCCUCAGCUGCAGAGAGCAUUGGGAAGAACAUCUUUCCUCUGCUUUCCUGGAAUAAAGUAAAACAGUGAUCUGUGUAUCCAGCAUGCUGGAGCUUGGAGUGGCCAUAAUACACAAACCCUUCUCGCUGCUAUUCUUAAAUCUGUUCUGUUUAAUUUAUUUUUGAAAGGAGUGUGUGAUAAGGCACGGAGGCAUCUCCCUGUAACUUUCAGGACAGUCUUUCCUUUGUUUGGAUUCCCUACACAAAAGGUCUCCAUUAACCUUCCAGCCUUCUCUUACCCAGCAUUCUGGUUUUGGAAAGGAGUUGGGUUGAGCAAUGGUAAAAUACUUUGCCCCACCUAAUUCAAAGGCUUCUAGAUUGCCUGCAUGUUUACCUCCUGCUUUAAAUUGCCAGUGGACAUAGUAAAAAAACCAACCAACCCCCCAGAAAUCCAGCUGUUCUCCAUAUGGCAUUGACUGCUUGGCCCUGAGGGAAAGCUGUCAGUCCAGUGCUGGAGCAGAACCAGCUCCUCUGUGGGAAUGAGGGGGUUAUCCAUGUUCUCUUCCCAGCAUCCUCUAAGUGUCUCCUUACUUGCUCUCAGGAUUUUGCAAAUGACAAGGGUACUGUAAAGGUUUUGGAUUCCCUGAAAACACCUGCCACAGAGACCUGACAGUCGGUUGCCUUUAUUCCUUGGGACAGUUUUUCUAGGAGUGAGUGGUUUUACAGCAUUGACAGCAUUGUCAGUGUUAUAAGUUAAUUCUUCAUAAUAAUUAAUGCUUCAUAGUACACCUCCCAGCCUGGUGGCUUGAGUUCCCUGGGAUGGUUUUUGUUCUGUUUCCAUGUUCAUGUACUGUCACUUACUCUAAAUUUGGAGGGCUGCAUGGAAGGCUGCUCCUGGGUGCAGGCUUUCCUUUCAGCUCUGGAAGCUGGCACCACAAGUCAGUGCCCUGGUUUUCCUCCAGUGUCUUCUCUAGACAUGGAGCUGUUGGUCAGUUGGUGUUCCAGCAGAUGUUGCAGUGGGACAGGAGGUAACUGGCACAGCCCUCGGCCUGGUGUGGUGGAUUUGUGUAUUUACAGCUAAAAAUUCAGUUUAAUGUAGUCUUCAGUCACUGAGGAGAAAGGCACAUGGGACCUGGCAUCAGUCCCUGCUGACUUUCUGCCACUCUCAGAUGAUUGUCCUUGUUAAAGACUUUAGUAGUCAGAAAUUUACAUAUUCCAGUUUUUCAAUACAUGUUGCCUUUGAUUUCCUACUAGCAUCUGUACUUUGGAACCUUGAAAUGCAAGAAAUCACAGGAAAUGUCUGUGGUUCCCCUUGGAAACUUCAGCUCACAGCUGUCUCCUGCUCCUAAUUGAGGUUUGACAUGUAAUCAUGCAAUUGGAGAAAUUGAUUUCCCUUCCUGCUGCAGGAUGCAGUGUCAGGAAAGCAGAGUCUCAUCUCAGUUUCCUGAUCAGUGGCUGAUGUGACACCAGAUGUCAUCUUUGGUUUGUAAGGACCCCCAGGUGUGGAGGCUGCUCCCAGCAUGGGGAAGUGAGGGGGGGUCUUGUGUUUGGCCUGUGAAGCAGCAGUGGCACCUCCAGACUGAAGGAUCCUUUAGUUCCUGGAUAUCCAGAUCCCUAACUCACAUUUCCACAUAGACUUAAAACUUCUGGAGCAGCUCCAGCUGUCUGGUUGGAAUAACAAGUCCCAGGUAUGGUUUAUUGGUACCUUCCCUCCCCUGCCCUUCCCAGGCCUGCUCCUGAAUGUGGGGCUGGGCUGAAAUUUGUGAUGACACCAGGAAUUGCUCAAAGAGGGGAAAGAAGAUAGGGAAGUUGAACAUUUACACUGAAAAUGGCAUUUUCUCAUGGUUUCUAGGAGUUGGUUCUGUUCCAGGAAACUCUGAUCCUGGGUUGGGCUUUUUUAUUUCUGUCACAGUGU